UGCCGAAUAUUUUAAAUGUGUCAAUAACACAAAACAGAAAAACGCAAAUAAAUAAAUAAAUAACCUAGCCUGUUGUUUCCAAACCAUUCUAUUUCUUCGCCCCCCAGGCCCCAAAUGGGAAAGCGGACCCUAGCGGCUACCGCCGUCAACGUUCGGAGGAAGGCGCCGCUGCGUGCGGGGCCCCCUCCCUCACCCUGAGACAGCGGCAUGUGCUCCCCCGCGGCCACGCUUUCCAGCUCCACCUUUUUCAUCAAUCGAACUAACAGCCUGCAACCAAACAGUACUGCCUCUCGGCGGCUAGCUAGAAAUGACGACGACGACGACGACGACCACGAGGCAUUGGCUGGAAUCCCAGUUCCCACCGUCCCGUCCAUGGUUCCGUCGUCCAUCCAGCCAGCAACACCUCAUGUGCGAACCCGGUUCAGCGGAAUCGCCAUCUCCAAAUUCUCGAUCCGCCGCGUGCGCUGCCUGCGGAUAUCUCCCUGUCCGUGUCCCGCUCCCGCCUUGCUUGCUGCUCCACCACCGCACUGUAGGUGCUGCCUGCCUGCCUCCUCCUGAAUUAUUCUUAUUCGUUCGCUAUUAAUUAUUAGCCACCGCUAUAUCCUUCCCUUCCUCGUCUUCCUCCUCGGAGUCGGAGAGGUCCGUCCAUCUCGAUCCGCGGCAAGUCUGAACGGACGACUCCGAAGCUUACUUGCCAGAGAGCCGCCGUUUAGGUGGCGGCGAUCCUUCCGUGGUUCCUUCUCGGUUCUGCCUGCCUGCUGCUGCUUCUUCUUCUUCUGGCGGGGCCGAAUCGAGAGCGUGUCCGCCGGAAUCUCUCAGUCAUCAGGCUGCAGCCUACGGCGGUCGAUUCUACUGGGAUUCUACACUACUCGCUCAAGAGUCGAGACUGCAUGCGGCUCCAAGGGAAAUUAAUUAAGAUGAGGUCUUUUCCCCACCUGCUGCUGAUCCUGGCGCUCCUCUUGGUCCUGGAGAAUGUCCGGGCGCAACCCAAGCCACUUCUCAUCAACUGCGGCUCGGGUUCAAGCGCCGACGUCGACGGCAGGACGUGGGUCGGGGACGCCCAUCCCGACGGCGGCGCCGGCUUCACGGUCACAUUGGCAGGAGCCACUGCCACCCGAGCUCGAAAACCUGUCGACGAAGGAGGAGGAGGAGGGGACGCCGCGUACGGGGAGCUCUACAGGACCGCUCGCGUCUUCAACGCGUCGUCCGCCUACAGGUUCAGCGUCGCCGCCGGGAGCUACUUCCUCCGGCUCCACUUCAGCCGGCUCUUCAGCAGCAACCUCAGCGGCGACGCCACCGCCAAGGAAGCGGUCUUCGACGUCACGGCCAAUGGCCUGAGGCUGCUGUCCAGGUUCAGCGUCGCCGGGGAGAUCUACUGGAGGAACUCCAGGACCAACUCCACCAGCGAUGUCGCCGUCAAGGAGUACCUCCUCAACGUCACCGCCGCGAGGCCGCUGGAGGUCGAGUUCGCGCCUGACGCCGGGUCGUUCGCCUUCGUCAACGCCAUGGAGGUUGUCCCCGUCCCCGGCAACUCGAUCUUCGGUUCGGUCAACAAGGUGGGCGGGGUGGGGCUGAAGGGCCCCUUCAGCCUCGGAGAGAGCGGGGUCGAGACCAUGUACAGGGUGUGCGUGGGAGGCGGCAAGAUCGAGAGGAAGGAGGACGACCCGCGCCUGUGGAGGAGGUGGGAUUCCGACGAGCGCUACAUCUUCUCCAUGAACGCCGCUCACAGCAUCCGGAACACGUCCAGCAUCAGCUACGUGUCGCGCGACGGCGCCGACUCGGUCCCCGCGCCGCUGCGGCUGUACGAGACGGCCAGGGUGACGGAGGAGACCUUCGUGGUGGACAGGAAGUUCAACGUGUCCUGGCGGUUCGGCGUGGACCCCGGCUUCGAGUACCUGGUCAGGCUGCACUUCUGCGAGCUGGAGUACGGGAGCGCGGAGCAGCGCAGGUUCAAGAUCUACAUCAACGGCAAGACCGCCGCGGAGAACUACGACGUGGUCGCCAAGGCCGGGGGCAAGAACAAGGCGUUCCACGAGGACUUCCUUGACGACGACGACGCCGCCCCCGCGUCGGAGACCGACACGCUCUGGGUUCAGCUGGGCUCCGAGUCCUCCGCGACCAGCUCCGCGGCUAGCGACGCGCUCCUGAACGGCAUGGAGAUCUUCAAGGUCAGCCGGAACGGAAACCUUGGGCAUCCGACGGUUAGGAUCGGGGGCGUGAGUGGUGGCCUGGAGGACGACAGACGAAAGCGGAGCCCCAGGUGGGUGCUGGUCGGCGCUGCUGCGGGUGUGGUGAUCUUCGUCUCGGUCGCUGCUGCUGUUUACCUCUGUUUCUAUCUGCACCGGAAGAAAAACACAAACACUUCAGCUGCUAAUAAGAAAACGAAGACGAAGACGAAGGACGACAACCUUCCGGCUACGACGACGGCCCCCGGUCUUCGCGCAGCUGGAACAUUUGGCAGCUGCAGGAUGGGCCGGCGGUUCAGCAUCGCGGAGAUCAAAGCGGCCACCAUGGACUUCGACGAGUCCCUGGUGAUCGGAGUCGGAGGCUUCGGCAAGGUGUACAGGGGCGAGACGGACACGGGCACUCCGGUGGCGGUGAAGCGGGGGCACGCAGAGUCUCAGCAGGGGGCGAAGGAGUUCGAGACGGAGAUCGAGAUGCUGUCGAGGCUGCGGCACCGGCACCUCGUCUCCCUGAUCGGGUACUGCGACGAGCAGGACGAGAUGAUCCUGGUCUACGAGCACAUGGCGAACGGCACGCUGCGAAGCCACCUCUACGGGAGCGAGAGCGAGAGCGACCACCUCCCCGCUCUGACGUGGAGGCAGAGGCUGGAGAUCUGCAUCGGCGCGGCGCGGGGGCUGCACUACCUCCACACGGGGCUGGACCGGGGCGGCGUCAUCCACAGGGACGUGAAGACCACCAACAUCCUGCUGGACGGCAGCCUCGUGGCGAAGGUGGCGGACUUCGGCAUCUCGAAGCACGGCCCGCCGCUGGACCGCACCCACGUCAGCACCGCCGUGAAGGGCAGCUUCGGGUACCUGGACCCGGAGUACUUCAUGAGGCAGCAGCUGACGCAGAGCUCCGACGUGUACUCGUUCGGCGUCGUCCUGCUGGAGGUCCUCUGCGCCCGGCCCGUCAUCAACCCGGCCCUGCCGAGGGACCAGGUCAACCUCCCCGAGUGGGCUCUGGAGCGGAAGAGGCGGGGCCUGCUCGAGACCGUGGUCGACCGUCGGCUGGACGGAGGCUACGACCUGGAGUCCGUCAGGCAGUUGGCUGAGGUCGCCGAGAAGUGCGUCGCGGAUGAGGGACGGGACCGGCCUUCCAUCGGUCAGGUCCUGUGGCACCUCGAGACCGCUCUGCAGCUGCACCAAGCGCAUCUGCAGAGCUCAUCAGCCUCAGCUGCUGCGGGUGAUCUGGAGCCCUCUGAUGGCGCGUCUGCUAGCAACAGCAUCAGGCGCGCCGAAGAGGCAGCAGAAACCGCUGGUGUGACCUAUGGAGAUGGACAUGGAGAUGGGGAAGCGGUGGAACUCAGAGUUGAGGUACUGUAAACGCUGUGUGUGUGUGGUUGCCCCAGCAAAUAUACUGAAAUCCUUUUGGUUCUUCAUUCCGUCGUACUCUGCAAAGAAAAUGCAGUGUUGAGAGUUGCUAUUCUUUCAUCGAUGUGCGAGAAUUCACGCGUGUCGAAAUUUUCCUGAGUUUUUAGUGUUUUUAUACGGUCUUGGACUCUUGGUGCAUCAUCUACGUGGCACCACGGCCUUCGUAGCUGAAGCCACUAGCCGUAGGAUAGGAUUCUCUCGCUCGAUCGCUGGAUUUCUUCAGUCUGUCACACUGUACAGCACAUAGCACAGCAACGUUGCUUAUAUAUUAUGGAUUUUUUCGUUCA